CUAAACUCGUUCGAAAAGCGAAACUGAAAUCAUUCCAUGGCGAUGUACGAAGACUGAUGCUCUUGUCGUGGACUACUUGUGCAAACGGGUUUCUUUGCAUAUAAAACGGAGAACAGCAACUGAAAUUAGUUUUUUUAUAACUAUAAUGUGAAUUUAGUUACUAGUGGUGUUAGUGAUUACGUUUAAUAUCAAGUGAUAAAUACAAAGAAUUUUGUGAAGUGUUUCAAUUGUGUUACCCUGAUCUUGCUACUUAGUCCUGGAUUCACAAGGAUUGUUCUAAUUGAGACAUAAACUUGCAUACAGGUCUUUGCGGAGCACACAGAACGGUCCCCACACUAUGAAAUUGCGCUUCCAUACAUUCAUUUGAUCAAGUAGACAUAGAAAUAGAGAAAUUUUGAAGCCCGUCCGUUUUUAUUCCGUCAUGGCUAUUCUAUGGACGGGUGGGUGCCUCCGUGGGCGACAACGGUAGGCCACAUGCGCCCGCGCCAUGUGGCGCGUGCUGCUGGCCCUCGGGGCCGCGUGCGCCGCCGCGCACGCCUCGCAGGACGUGGUGCGCAAUUUCUCCGACCCUGUAUCUGCACCUACAUCCCUCUUCAAUCACCUCGUCGUCGACCGCAACACGGGCCGAGUCUACGUCGGGGCAGUCAAUUGGAUCUAUCAACUCUCCCCUGAUCUGGAAGUAGCACAGUCGAUUGUCACGGGUCCAGUCAAUGACUCUGCGCAAUGCACUUUCGAUUGCCCACCUAACUUCGUGAAGAAACCGACGGACAACGUGAACAAAGCGCUUGUGAUCGAUUAUGCCACGAGCAGACUUAUAACAUGCGGUUCGGUUCUCCAAGGGUUGUGUUCUGUGCGUAACCUUAACAAUAUUUCUCACGAUGUACGUGAAGUCCGGGAACCAGUUGUGGCGAACAAUGCCAGUGCAUCCACCGUAGCUUUUAUUGCGCCGGGUCCCCCGAACCCUCCGAUGACCCAAGUGAUGUACGUUGGAGUAACGUUUACAGGGAAUUCUCCUUACCGUUCUGAGGUACCUACAGUGAGUAGUCGCUCCUUGGAAGAUGACAGGCUCUUUAUGAUAGCAAGAACAGCCGUUACUACUGGUACCAGAAUGUUUGUCAAUUCUCUUUCACGAGAGCGGUAUCCAAUAAACUAUGUAUAUGGCUUUAGUUCGGAGGGAUUCAGCUACUUUUUGACUACACAAUUGCGUGGAGUAGGGUCGGACACUUACUACAGUAAGUUAGUAAGGGUAUGUCAUGAUGACGAGAACUACUAUUCAUAUACUGAAAUUCCUAUGUCGUGUAUGGGUGAGGGGGGCGGAAACUUCGGCUAUAACCUGGUACAAGCAGCAUUCGUCGGAAAGGCGGGCUCAGUACUAGCUGGCGAACUAGGAAUAACCGCGCAACAUGAUGUUCUCUUUGCAGCCUUUAGCCAAAGUGAAUUGAUAAAUACUCAUACGCCAUCCAAUCUAUCGGCACUUUGCGUUUAUUCUCUGAAAGCCAUUCGACGGAAAUUUAUGCAAAAUAUUAAAACGUGCUUCAGUGGCAACGGCUCUCGUGGCUUAGAUUUUAUAUCACCGUCACACGCCUGUAUUGGAACUAAGCUGCAGUCGAUAAGUGAAGAUUUUUGUGGAUUGGACGUGAACACUCCCCUGGGAGGAGAGCAACCAGUUGAAGCGGUUCCCGUGGCGGUAUUUAAGAAGAGGCUGACAGCGGUGGCAGCCACAGCUACCGGUGAUUACACCGUAGUAUUCGCUGGUACUGCCGAAGGGCAUCUUAAAAAAAUCGUCGUUGAGAGCGCUACCUCUGCAUUCGAAUAUGGAGACAUUGUUGUUGAUGAAAACUCACCAGUGAACAAGGAUCUGUUCUUUGACACCCAGCUGAUGCAUUUAUACGUUAUGACUGAGCGCAAUGUGUACAAAGUAAAAGUUCAAGAGUGCAGUGUUUACAAAUCCUGCCUAACAUGUCUCGGAGCCAAAGACCCUUACUGUGGAUGGUGUUCUCUCGAAAACAAGUGCAGUCUCCGAUCUGAUUGCCAGGAAGCUGCCAAGGAUCCACUGUAUUGGAUAUCUUACCGCAGCGGAAGAUGCACAACUAUAACCCAAGUGACGCCGAAUCAAUUGCAACGAACUACAGCAAGAACUUUAGAUUUACUUAUUGAGAAUUUACCUACUCUUAAUGGACAAUUCUUAUGUGCAUUUACAGCUUUAGAUCGUACUCUCAUAACUAAUGCUACCCGAACGCAUAACGGUGUUAAUUGUACUACACCGCGUACUGAUACUCUGCCAUCAAUUCCAGCCGGUCAGCAUCAUUUUACCGCUAAACUUUCCGUGCGUACUACUCAGGGACCCGAUUUCGUUGCAACGAAUUUUACCUUUUUUGAUUGUAAUACAUAUAGUUCGUGUACUCAAUGUGUUAGUUCGUCUUUUCCAUGUGAUUGGUGUGUUGAUGGUCAUCGCUGUACCCAUGAUACUGCAGAGAAUUGUAGGAAUGAUAUUCUCGUUACGGGCGUUAGUAGAAUAGGUCCCAGUUAUCGUUCAGGUCCAGGAUUUUGUCCCACAAUAAACUCUACAUCCGACGGUACUAAUGAAAUUCUUGUUCCGUCCGGAGUUAAAAGAGCUAUUAAGGUUAAAGUUCAUAUUAUAGGUCAAUUCAUUGUGCAAACAAGAUUCGUAUGUCAAUUCAAUAUUGAAGGUCGUGUUAAUCAUGUCGGAGCCCAACUUCUUGCUGAUACUAUUUAUUGUGAGGCUGUAGAGUUUACUUACACAUCACGCGCGCCGAACAUAACCGCUUCCUUUGCUGUAAUAUGGGGUGGGUCGAAGCCUUUAGAUAAUCCGGAUAACACUCAUAUACUCAUUUAUCGUUGUAAUGAUAUGGCAGAUAAUUGCGGUAUAUGUUUAGCGCUUCCUGAAAAGUUUGGUUGCGGUUGGUGUCAAGGGUCAGACCGUUGUGAAGUUCAAGAACAAUGCGGUGCCCCUAGCGUUUGGUUAAAUCGUACCCAGACAUGCCCUAAUCCAGAAAUUCAUUCAUUCCGACCUCAAUUAGGCCCAUGGGACGGUGGAACUAAUAUUACUAUUGAAGGUAUAAAUUUAGGUAGAAAUAUAUCCGAUAUUUAUAAUGGUGUUACUAUAGCAGGCAUUAAAUGUCAGCCUAUCAUUGAGUUAUAUGUGAAAACUAGGCGUAUUGUAUGUACCGUAGACGGACCGGGUGAGGAAGUUCCUAGGGACGGGCCGGUCGUCGUUAGAGUCGCAGAUUACCGCGGCGAAUCAAAACAUCAUUAUGCAUUUGUUAAUCCGAAGAUUAAUUCAAUUCAUCCUAAACAUGGGCCACAAUCUGGCGGAACGAAGUUACGUAUAACAGGCGAAAAUCUAAAUGCGGGAAGUAAUAUUCAGGCAUUCAUAGAUGAUUUACCAUGCGCCAUUUUAUCGGUAUCACAUGAGGAAGCCGUCUGUAGAACUAGCCAUUCCUAUCAGCUUAAAAUGGGUACGUUACGGAUGCGUUUCGAUAACGGGAUGCGUACUUUGGAACGGGAAAAGUUCGAAUAUGUUGAAGAUCCUGUUGUGAUUUCAGUAGAAUCUGGUCCACCAUUGGCAACACAACGAAAACAACCCAAAGGCAUUCCGUCUGGCGGGAUAAACAUCAAAGUAAUGGGGCGUAAUUUUCAUUCCAUUCAGUUCCCACAAAUAUAUGUGUAUCACGAUAAUAGACCGUACAUAGCCCCUUGUAUUAUAGUCGAAUAUCAAACCCAUCUCAUAUGUGAAUCUCCCGGCAUCGAAAGCGCUGGCCUGAAUCUAGACCCCGAUAGGCCUUUAGAGUUAGAAUACGGUUUUAAUAUGGAUGAUGUACAAAGUGUACAGAAUCGAACGACCAAGACGGGUGAAGCUUUCCUUCUUUAUCCGGAUCCCAUUUAUGAUAGGUUUGACGAGGAUGUGAAAUAUUACAAGGGUGAAUAUUUAACUAUUAAUGGUCAGAACUUAGAUAGGGCCUGUACAGAAAGCGAUGUAGAAGUACAUAUAGGCGACAGUUUGUGUAACAUUACUUCUCUUGGUAGGCAUCAAUUAACUUGUAAGCCGCCGUCUCGCGACGAGUUGCCAGAUGGGGUCGAGAGCCCAGAAGUAGUUGUUAAGGUUGGUCGUGCGCUUACUUAUAAGAUUGGUAAAUUAUCUUAUUCUUCGCAGGCUGGCCUGCAGGCUGCUAUAGGAAAGCCAGUAUUAUUCGGUGUUAUAGCGGGUAUAAUUAUAAUUAUACUUGUAUUUGUCGUGUUUCUAGUUAUGUAUAGGAGAAAAUCCACUGAAAAUAUUAGAGUAUUAAAAAAUAUGCAAGAGCAAAUGGAUAUUUUAGAGUUAAGGGUAGCAGCGGAAUGUAAAGAGGCAUUCGCCGAGCUGCAGACUGAAAUGACCGAUUUGACGGGUGACGUUACUGGCGGUAUACCGUUCCUUGAUUAUCGUACAUACGCUAUGAAGAUAUUGUUCCCCAAUAUUGACGAUCACGCCGUACUGCAAUGGGAACGUCCAGAGCUUAUUAGGAAAGAAAAAGGUCUCAGAUUGUUUGGCCAGCUUAUCAUGAAUAAAACAUUCCUCCUCUUAUUUAUUCGUACUUUAGAAAGCAAUAGAUAUUUUUCGAUGCGUGACCGUGUUAAUGUAGCUUCUCUCAUAAUGGUAACAUUACAAAGUAAAAUGGAAUAUUGUACUGACGUCUUGAAAACUCUUUUGGCUGAGUUAAUCGAAAAGUGCAUGGAAAGCCGAAAUCACCCUAAGCUGUUACUCAGGCGUACUGAAAGCGUCGCCGAGAAAAUGCUUAGCGCCUGGUUUACGUUCCUCUUAUAUAAAUUUUUACGUGAAUGUGCAGGCGAACCGCUGUACCUUUUAUUUAGGUCGAUGAAAGGUCAAGUUGACAAAGGGCCAGUGGACGUUAUAACCUCGGAAGCGCGAUACUCUCUCAGCGAAGAGAAACUAAUUAGACAGUCCAUUGAUUUUAAACCGAUGACCGUUAGUGUUUCUAUAUCCCAACAGACCAUCUUCGUUAGCGGUUUAGAGGCUACAACGGAAAACGUGCAAGUCAAGGUCCUCGACUGUGAUACGAUUAGCCAAGUCAAGGAAAAAUGCUUAGACGCUAUUUAUCGCGCCACACCGUAUUCACAAAGACCGAGUCGUGACGAGUUAGAUCUGGAAUGGCGUACGGGCGCUUGCGGUCGUUUGAUUCUAUACGAUGAAGACAGUACCACUAAAUGCGAAAGUGAGUGGCGCAAACUAAAUACACUAAAUCAUUAUCGCGUUCCAGACGGAGCUUGUUUCAGUCUAGUUGCUAAACAAAGCUCGGUUUAUAAUUUGUCUAAUAUGGAAAAGAAUGACAAGUCUCAUACAUACGAAACUCUUAAUAGGGGAAAAUAUGGUUCCGCUAGUCCACCGGCUAGCCCGCUUAAGUACGAACACGGAGGCGGUUUUAAAUAUUGGCACCUCGUUAGGCACCACGACGGUGACGCGCACAAAGAGGGAGAGCGUGGAAAUAAAAUGGUAUCCGAGAUUUAUCUGACGCGUCUUCUGGCCACUAAGGGCACUUUGCAAAAGUUUGUCGAUGAUUUAUUCGAGACCAUCUUCAGCACCGCUCACCGCGGGUCAGCUUUGCCUCUCGCCAUUAAAUACAUGUUCGACUUCCUCGAUGACCAGGCACUCCAACACGCCAUUUCGGAUCCCGAAGUGGUCCACACCUGGAAAAGCAAUUCUCUUCCUCUCCGCUUCUGGGUGAACCUAAUUAAGAAUCCUAAUUUCGUUUUUGAUAUUUACAAAUCGAAUACUGUCGAUUCAUGCUUGUCGGUUAUCGCGCAGACCUUCAUGGACUCCUGCUCGACUUCCGAUCAAAUUCUUGGCAAAGAUUCACCUUCCUCUAAGCUUCUUUACGCUAAAGAUAUUCCAGUGUAUAAGGAAUGGGUAGAACGCUACUAUGCGGAUAUAAAAUUGAUGCCGGCAAUCUCCGAUCAAGAUAUGAACGCCAUGUUAGCAGAAGAAUCGCGUCUUCACACCAAGGAGUUCAAUACGAACUGUGCAUUGAACGAAUUGUAUGCGUACGCGGUGAAGUACAACGAACAGCUUAUGGUGACUCUCGAGGAGGACGAGUUCUCGCAGAAGCAGCGGCUCGCGUACCGCCUCGAGCAAGUCCACGGCCUGAUGGCGCACGAUUAUAACGUUUAAGCGAUCAGUGCGAGGCUCGUACCCCACCGCCCUGUAUAUACUGCCCCCGCACAUAUCUAUGCUGGCAGCAUUGUAUAUAUUAGAUAGUGUACAGUCUUUAAUAUUGUAAUUUUUGUAUAAUUUCAGCGGUCCGAUGUCGUUUUUUAAUUUUAUAUAUGAACUUUGUAUUGUUUUUACACGACGAAUCCGACUGGCCGCGGUCGUGCCACAGUAUGCAUCGUAAACUAAAUUGUGUAUGUCUGUCUAUGUGUGCUCGCGUCGUACGAGUUAAUGUUACGUCGAUCGGUGUAAAAUGUGUGUCGCAAAAAUAAAAUCGCAUGUAAGCUCGCCGGCGAGAGGCAUAUCGCUCGCCGACGGGCAAUUUUUAAAUUUGUACUCGCAAUCUACUUAACGAAAUAACCGUCAGUGAUCCGGUGAACGAUUCCAUUAAUAAAUAUCGUCGAAUGUA